AUGGCAGUGGCUCUGGGUGAAGUGUGGGGGCGGGUGAAGAAUGUCUGCAAACAGAACGGACUGCUCAUCCUGUCCGUGCUGGCCGUAGUCAUUGGCUGCCUGCUGGGCUUCUUCCUCAGAGGCAAGCGGCUCUCCGAGCAGGAGGUGAAGUACUUCCAGUUUCCUGGAGAGCUGCUGAUGAGGAUGUUGAAAAUGUUGAUUUUGCCCCUCGUCGUAUCCAGUUUAAUGUCAGGUCUUGCUGCUUUAGACGCCAAGUGCUCCAGCCGCCUGGGCAUCAUGACCAUCUCCUACUACCUCUGGACCACCUUUGUUGCCGUGGUAGUGGGCAUCCUCAUGGUUUACAUUAUCCACCCGGGCGGAGCCGCUCAGAAGGAGGACUCUGAUGGAAGCAAGAAGCCGAUGACCAGCUCUGCUGACGCUCUGCUGGAUCUCAUCCGCAACAUGUUUCCAGCGAACCUGGUUCAAGCCACUUUUCAACAGUAUCGAACCCAGAGAGUUCCUGAGCUCAUCUUCAAACCAACAGUGGCUCAGCUCCUGGAUGAGACCACCACACGCAGGGUCUACAUCUACGGCAUCCAGGACGACAAUGGCACAGAUAUACAGAAUUUCUCCCUGGAUCUCACGCCACCGCCUGAUGUCAUCAUGAAAACAUCUCCUGGUACCAGUGAAGGCAUGAAUGUGCUUGGGAUAGUCAUUUUUUCAGCUACCAUGGGAAUUAUGUUAGGAAGAAUGGGACCCAACGGAAGCGCUUUGGUCAACUUCUGCCAGAGUGUGAAUGAGGCCGUUCUGAAGAUCGUUGCCAUUGUCAUCUGGUAUUUCCCUUUUGGCAUCGUCUUUCUGGUUGCCGGUAAGAUCUUGGAGAUGGACGACCCUUCAGCCAUGGGAAAGAAGCUGGGUUUUUACGCCAUUACGGUGGUAAUGGGCUUGGUGCUACAUGGCCUCUUCAUCCUCCCGGCCAUGUACUUCUUCAUCACUAAGAAGAGCCCCAUUGUGUACAUAAGAGGAAUUUUGCAGGCCCUUCUCAUCUCCUUGGCCACAUCCUCCAGCUCUGCCACACUGCCUAUCACCUUCAAGUGCCUACUUGAGAACAACCACAUCGACAGACGCAUCAUCCGCUUUGUGUUGCCUGUCGGGGCCACCAUCAAUAUGGACGGCACCGCACUCUACGAGGCUGUGGCAGCCAUCUUCAUCGCCCAAGUUAAUAACUAUGAGCUUGACUUUGGACAGAUCAUCACGAUCAGCAUCACCGCCACGGCAGCCAGUAUCGGAGCAGCAGGAAUCCCACAGGCUGGACUCGUAACCAUGGUGAUCGUGCUGACCUCAGUGGGCCUGCCCACCGAUGAUAUCACUCUUAUCAUUGCUGUUGAUUGGGCUUUGGAUCGAUUCAGGACCAUGGUGAAUGUGAUGGGGGAUGCACUGGCCACAGGCAUCAUGGCUCAUAUCUGCAGAAAAGAUUUUGUCAAAGAAGGGGAGCAGGUGCCUCUGAUCUGUGAGACUAAACCCAUGAUAAGCAUCCAGCAGAUGAUGACCUACCAGAACCAGAAGAACGGAUGCUUCCAGCCCCCUCCCCCGGGCAGCAGGCAAGAACACUACCACCAAGAGGUGGCUCGCCUCAUGCAGCUGGAGGAGGGCUUCCGGCCGCUGGAGAAGAAGAAACACGCCCACCCGUCGCACCACAAGAGAGAGCACAGGGACCACUGCUCCGUGGACAUGAACGGGCUGGAGACUAAUGUAUAG